CGAGCUCCGAUGAUGAGCAGAGAGAGGCGAUGGAGGGGAACGAUGGAUAAUUUGGGAUUCUGGGUUUUUUUAUUAGAUUCAAUUUGAUUCUAUCUCUCUCAAGUAAUUCACCGUUUGUGGUUUUCGAUCUCGAAUAUCGGUUGAUUUGACCGUGGAAUCUCGCUGAAAAUUCUAGGGUUCUUAUUCUUUAUCCAUUUUUUGGUUGAACUCUCCCUGUUUCGACGGCAUUCAAUGGACCAUUCGGCCGCGUGAGCUGGGGUUUUCGCGUCUGUUCCCAAUUUCCCUCCCUAUUUCCGAAGACUAGGAGCGAUUUCGUGGGAAUUUUGCAGUUUCUUUGGGAAAUCAAGCGAGAGAUAUUUUUCUCAUGGUCAUGCUCAAUUGAGUUGCUCUUUACAAGUUCAUUGCUUUAUCCUUCAUCCGAUGCCCGGCAUAUGAUCUUUCGAAGUAAAAGUGAAAUCUUUUUGCUCGCUUGUGAUUUUGGAUUUUGUUUGGUUACCUUCGAGUGUUCUUGGCGAAUUUGAACUUCACUUCGUAAUUCUCUGACGACUGUUUCCGUCCAUUCGUUUCUUCUGUUCAUUGAUUAGUUUGAAUUCUUGAGGUCGAUUUUCAAUAAAAAGGAGUCGUUCUCUUGCAUGACUGCACCUGGGUUUCCUCUGGAGAACGAGAUUAACGGUGGAUAUUCGUGAAUCUGGGUUGGAAUCCGCGUCAUCCGAUCUGAUAAUUGGCCAAAUUAAUUGGUUCCUAUAUCGGGCAGCAUCUGUUUCCUCAAAUUAUCUUCCUUUAUUCCAAAUUUGGCCGAUUCCUGGCCUGCGUAUUUCUCUGUUCAUUUCUGGGUAUGAAGGGAGUGUCAGUACCAACCCCAAGCUGGCGUUGGUGGGUAUUAAGUGGUCGGAAAGAGAGAAAACCAAUCUCAAAUGCCACUGAUGCUCUUAAGUUCCCGACAAAGACAUCUUCAUCCAGAGGAAAGGUUGAAAGACGCUGGAUUGGGAGAGAUGAGACGAGAAAUGGACUUGAACAUGAGAUGGUGUCGCUGUCCGAUGGUGGAGUCUGUUCGUCUGGCUCGGAAGGUGAUGGACCUGAGUGGUCCGUUGGGUGGACCGAGCCUCAUGGGCCAGAUUUCGAGAGCAACGGUGAAGGAGACAGUGGAUUUCUGGUGCUGGUUCCUUGUUACAGAGCUGUAGUGGAAGGUUCUGGCAACCAUCAGCUCCUGAAUGCCGUCAAGAAUCUUCCCAAUGGAAUCUCUCCCGAUGGAAAGAACUACAUGGAGCAGUGGCUUUCCACUCUUCAGAACCUUUGACACUGUUGGCCAUGGCGCUUGCUUUUGUAAGAUUAAAAAAGAAAACAUUGUUUGGUUUACUAGUAGUAGCACUAAUAGUUACCAGUCAUCUAUAGUUAUGAUUUGGGAGCAACAUUUUGUGAGAUUGAUCCAAAAAACCAAAAAAAAAAAAAAAAGCAAAAGGGGAAAAGAGGACUUGGGUUCAUAAGAGAUGGUGAUUUGGUCUGGUGCUGUGAUUAUGAGCGUCUUGUAUAUACAUCUCUCGUCUUGUACAUAAUUGUCUCCUUUGUUAACUACCACUGAUCUCUAUACAUAUAUAUAAUAUGUAUAUGUGUGUGUGUAUAGGAAUAUUGCUGCUGCUGUACCUGUGUUAAUGAGGCUCUUGUAUGAAUAUUUGAUUCAUUGUAAUAAACAAGUAUCCGGUUUCUGUGAA